UCUCUCUCUCUCUCUCUCUCUCUCUCUCUCUAGGUGACUCUAGAGAGAAAAAAAUUCAAAACAAGAAUCAUUAGCUACCCUACCCAGUUACCACUUUAUCAAUCUUUUUUCCUUCAAUUCGAAGUUGAUCUAUGAGAAAAUGAACAACUCAUGUGGUGAUGGUUCUUCUCUUCCCACCACUUUCGUGGGUCUUCUGCUUCUUCAGUCGAGAACCAAAUCCACCUCUUGCAACAACACACGUGUCUACACUUCCUCUGAGCUCCUCAGUGACUUUGCCACAAGAGAAUUCAAUGCCUCUCUGUGGCUUUCCCUCAUUGUUAUCACUACCCUUUUGCUCAGGAAACUCUUCAAGCUCUUCAGUUUGUGGCACAAGGCUAAAAACAUUCCUGGGCCUCCAUGUCCCUCUUUCUUUGGCCACUACAAGCUCGUUUCCCAGGAAAAUUUCACCGAUUUGUUGUCAGAAUCCCAUGAGAAGUAUGGACCAAUUGUUAAGCUGUGGUUAGGUCCUACUCAGCUUAUUGUAUCAGUUAAGGAUCCAGUGCUAAUUCAAGAGAUGCUUAUGAAGGCGGAGGAUAAGCUUCCUUUUACUGGAAAAGCAUUUCAUCUAGCCUUUGGACAAUCAAGCCUCUUUGCCCCUUCCUUUGAUAAGGUGCAAAAGAGAAGGGAAUUAUUGGCAACUGAAUUGAAUGAAAGAUUGGUGAAGACUGCUGAUCUGAUCCCUAUGAAGGUUGCAGACUUUACCAUAGAUAAAAUAGAAAACAUCAGAGCCAGAGGAAGUAUUGAUUGUAGGUUGGUUUCUCAGCAUAUGGCUUUCACCAUACUGGGAGCCACAUUCUUUGGAGAUGGCUUCUUGGCCUGGCCAAAGGCAGCAAUUUAUGAGGAUCUGCUAAUGAUGAUUGCUAAAGAUGCUUGCUUUUGGGCUUCCUAUAAUGUUACUCCUUUCUGGAGACGAGGAUUUUGGAGGUAUCAAUGCUUGUGUUCAAAGUUGAAGUGCUUAACUCAAGACAUCCUUAAAGAUUGCAGAAAAGGCUGCAAGUUAUUUGACCACAUUGAUCAAAAUGUACAUAAUGAAAUUUUCAAUGUAGAAAUGAAAUCAGUACAUGAUACACAAUGCUGUUCUGAUGAUGAAUUCCAAGAUUACUAUUUCUUUCGUGACCUUAGUGAUGAUCAAAAUGCUAAAGAAGGACCUUGUGCGAACAUCAUGCGUGUGAUGUUUCAUGGAUGUCAAACUACAGCUGCUUUAAUUGCCAAUGUAUUGACUAGGCUUGUCAUGCAUCUCGAAAUACAGGAUAAGGUUUAUUCAGAGAUUUGCAUGGUAGGGAGAAACCCAUCGAAGUAUGAGCAUGAAGAUAUUUAUAGGAUGCCUUUGUUAUUGGCUACAGUUUAUGAAUCUGCACGCCUUCUGCCCAGUGGUCCCAUGCUGCAGAGGUGUUCUUUGAAACACGACUUGAGCUUUGCAACUGGUGUAACCAUACCGGCUGGAGCUGUACUGGUUGCGCCUGUUCAAUUGGUACAGAAGGAUGAAUCCAGUUGGGGAUGCAAUGCAAGUGAUUUUAAUCCAUACCGAUUUCUGUCUAAUGGUACAAACGGAUCAGGUUCUGCUGAAGAACUUUCUGAUACUGGAUUCAGCUCAUUUGUACUAAAUGAUCCGAACGAAAAUGCAGCAUUUCUUCCUUUUGGAUCUGGGACACGUGCUUGCAUUGGGCAGAAAUUUGUUAUACAAGUUGUUGCCACAUUGUUGGCAGCAUUGCUGAAAAUAUAUGAGAUGAGGCUGGACUCAGGAUCGGAUGAUGACUCAAAACCAAUAUUGAAGAAUCAUCUUCUUCAGCAUCAUCCUGAUUCAAAGAUAUUAUUUGUGAGAAGGGACCAGUGAAAGAAAAGAAGUACAAGCAUACUAUGUAGAUAAAGUUGGUCUUGUAAUUCUAGUCAAUAAUGCAGAGAAUAUCUGGACUUUUUUUUUUCACCACUUGUUUAUUUCCUUCUUUUUUUCUCUCAAAGAUGAAUGGGGGAGGCUCUCAAUAUUCAUGGCUCAUUGUGGUCAUCUGGGAGGAUGCAACAUGAGUUUCACAAGUUUUUUUCCUCCCUGUUUUUAAGCAAUGCCCUAGUGCUGGCCUCAGGCCAUGGCACAUCUUUUUGUUGGUUUUUUAAGCACUUUGGGCAUAUUGCUGCUAUGGAGCCUUAGGUUUUCCUUCCCCUUCUCUGGAUGAGGACCUCUCUCUUUUCUGAUGUUAACAAUGUUUUUACUUCUGAAGGAAGUUAGUUCUUGUAUCCUGAUAUUGUCCGAAUAAAAUGUACUUGGAUAUUUA